CUUUUAUAUGACGUUACGAUCAUCCAUUAAACUUUAUUAUUCGCGAUGCAAACAGUUUUUACGCGUUAAAUCCGGUGUGCUUUGCCAAAAUGAUCACCUGAACAGACUGCUGCUUUAAAGAAAGUUUAAAAAUGCACCAACGAGCAUUUUUGGGCGGAGGAUGGGCACGUGGAGGUGCCUCAGAAGUGGUACGGCGAGCCCAUCCAGCUUCUGGAGCCCAAUGGAACGUGCAAGUUGUAAAAGGAAAAGUUAACGGAAAAUGUUUGUGGAACGCCUGCAAAGCCCUCAGCCUUGGACUUCUAUUAAUGGUUUUGGGAGCUGCCAUGGCUACAAUAGGAUACUACGCCGACGAUUUAUCAAUAGCCCAAGAAAUAAGAGGAAAUCACACAGUUAAAGUAAAAAACGAAUCACGUGGCUUCCAUUUAAACAAUCUUUCAUAUGCUGGACCAAUAGUAAUGGGAGUAGGAGGCUUCAUAGUAGUUGCUGCUUGUGUCAUGACGUUUGAGGCACGCGACUCAGCUGCCAAAGUGGUUCCUGCCCGUUUCAAACUGAGCACGACCGGUCCCCCCCACCACGCACCCGACGUAUGUACGCGCGGCGUCGGCUCGUUCAGCGCGCACAACUCUCUGCGCACUUCCGGCUCUCAGACCGCGGGCGUGGGCACCGCUCAUCCUCAUCCCCACCCGCACGGACACGGGCACUGCCCGCGCACCUCCGAUAGACGCGCUUUGACUCAGUCGUUCAUGCAGUUCAGCAGAGGACUGACCGCCAAUCAGACGCAAGCGAAUAAUAUGCUUAAAGUACCGCCACAGAACUCCAUAAAUAAGAGUCCCUCAGCGCCGGAUCUAGUUACUGAGUAUGCGCGGGCUGCCAAUGACCAGUCACCCACUUCCGCUCGACGUAUGACGACAGCCAAUAAACAACAGAUUGGUGGAAAAUCCAGAAGAACUCUUGCCGCAUGCGCACUUCUUAACCCUGGCAUGCUGCACAGACAUGCUGUCAGUGUGGAUGAGGCUGCUUCAGCAGGCUACAGGUUAAGUCAUGAAUCCCUUCAUGGCGCGAGUAGCCAAGGCUCGAUGGCGAUGGACCUUCACCUAGAAUGCCCAGUAACCUUACGGAUUAAGGACAAAAGGCGAAAUCCCUUGAAACGACAACGAAAAGUAGAAGAAGACGAAAAAAACGCGGCGGCUAUGGCAGCUGCAGCUGGCUUGGGAAGCGGCGAAGAUUCGAGAAGAAAUUCUCAUUCUUGCUCGCCGAGGAUACAUCAGUUCAAAGAGGAGACUAACACGGGGGGCGGGUCUGCGCAACAGCUACCAACGCAAGGGUUUUUUGUCGCGUCGUCCAACCGGAGAAACUCGAACACUUCCGAUUGUACGCAUCGUUCGCGCACGAAGAGAAGAGACUGCCCGCAUUCGAGAGGACGAUUGGAAAGGGCAAUCAGUUCUGACUCACGUUUGGUGGGAAACAGAUGUCAUCACCAUCAAAAACAUUCAACAGAAAAAGAACCGGUAGCUGGAGGUUGCAGCUCUGAUACUGACAUAAGAAAAUCGCAUCAUGCAAUUGUACAUUUUAGUCCAGAUACAUCGCGUCAUUAAAAAUACUACGAAGCAAAAUACGUAUCCUGGGUGUCCAGACUUUAGUAAUGUAAAAAAUUAAGACUAAUGUGAAGCAAUCAACCCUUAAGGGACUGUUUUUAAAUAAGCCAAAAAUUAAAUGUGAUGAGUGUUAAUAUUUAUAUAGAACUAUAUUUAUAUGUAUGUAACCUAUCACUUUGUAGACAAAAAUAUGAAUGUAAUUGUUAAUAAAG